AGGGACAACAUCUAGGACCCAGGAUCUCAUACCUGGGACACUUCCACACUCGCAUUCAUAAAUAUAUCAGUAUUCUGCACGUAUCUCUAUCUCUUCAUGUCAUAAUUCUGCUGCUGAUCUUCGACGAGGCUCAACUCUAAAUCACCCCAAUCCAUUUUUGGCCAAACCCAUACAAAUAUCCACAUCCGAUGUUUUGACCUCAGUCUCAGGCCAUCAACAUCAUCUCUUUUCUUUCAUACUCUAGUCUUUGGUCUCUAGUCCUGGGCUCGUCUCCGCUACUAUGCCAAUACAUUGUUCUGUGUUCUUUGACGCCAAUUGAGUUACUCUGACAUCCUGCUCCUGGCCGUCUCCCCACUAACCUACAGCGCUUAAUUUCCCUAUCCCAGUCCAAACGAACAACUCCCCGUUUCUUGUGCGCAUGAUUCUGAUGCAUUCCACGACGUACUGGAGUAACUAGAGGCCCCUAUAGUGACACACAGCAGCAGCAGCAGCAGCAGCAGCGGCAGCAGGUGGGGGCAGGGAAAACAAAGUGCUGGGCCUGCAGCACCCAGGAUUGACAUUCUGCAAGACAGGACCGAACAAAGGAAAUAAUACACCCUCGACCGGGUUGCUGCAGGUCCCCCAAUCCUUGCGCCCCUUAUCCCACGCCGUCAAAUUAGUUAAUAAUCACGUCUAACAUGUCUCGUUCCACAUUUGCUACGUUUACCUCCUUUGAGAGCCAACGGAGUUCUCCUCCAAACGUUGGUGCUCAGAGUAACCAGCAGGCGCAGGAGCAGCAGCAAAAACACCGUCCUAGCCACCUUAUAUCACCCACCGUUUAUAGUAAUAAUAAUUCUAAUACCUCCGCUUCCUUCCCCUCUCCCACCCUGACGAACCCUGAUAUGAUCCUCCCCUACGACAUCGAGCGGGAAAGCUCUACCCCGUCGCCCCCUUUUCGGCCACUGCAGCUCCCGUCGCCUGACCACUCCGGGUACCGUCACGCUUCUUUGCAGGAAAAUGGAAUGCAUGUUUCUUCUGCAGGGAUUGGUGUAGCGCUUUCUGCCGCGAACGGCGCACCCAACAAUUAUCAACAGCGGAACCCUCCUCCGCGAAAUAAUUGGGUGUUUGCCGGACAUGAGGUUCGCCCGCCGUUGUCGGAUAUUGGAGAGGAGGAUUCUCCCACGCGCUCCAGAUGGGAUGAAGACGACGAAAAUAUGGACGUAAACAAUAUGUCUUUGGGUAGUCCGCCGGUUUUGGAGCCUCGAUGGCGCAACGACGACGACAACAAGGUGCGCGGGAAUGCCGUUGAUGGUUAUGCCGAUGGCUAUGAUGAUGACUGUAGUGCGUCCAGUUCAACAAUUAGUGCGCCAAGUGAGAUUCUAGACAAAUGGGAAGAGUUUCGCACAGAUAAUGGGAAUGGGAAUACUCCCAGCGGGACACACCCAGAAAACGUGACCCAUGAACCCAACCAGCGUUGCAACCAAGAGAGCGACAGCUUUUCACAGGAUAUUGCGGGGGUCGAGUCAGUAAGGGCUAUCAGGGAAGAGGGGGAAAUAGAUGGAGGAUUGGAUGAGGAAAUUGAUGAUGAAAUACCGUCUGCUAUGUUGAGCAAGGAAGCGGAAAGGAUCCUUGAAAAUGCGAAGAAGAGAUUGACGCACAUGGAGGGUAAUCUUAGUCGGGCCCGUAGUUCUUUCCGAAUGAGUCCAUCGCCUUCUCUCCUGAUGGGCACAUUACCCCUCCACCAUCGUCAGUCUACAGGUAACAUGGGCAGAGCACAUUCGAUCACGGAGAGACGGGCUCAGACAAGCCUUGCUGGAGCACUGAUGCGCCAAAGGAUUUCUCAAGAUUUGAAUGCAAGCAGCUCACAUUCGAGGGGUUUGAGCGAUGUAUCAGCCCAAUCAGCACAAAAUAAUUUGGCUUAUAGAGAUAAUAUGCGGCUUCCAUUCCGCUCUUUCAGCGCACUUGGGUCAACUAAUGCAUCAGGUUUUGGAGCAAGUGACAUCUCUCAUAGCCAUGAUCGCUUCGAGCCUAGAGCUACGUACAAAUCGCCAGUGUCUACAUUCAACUAUAUACCUGAAAAUCCAUCCGAGUGUAUUGGUAACAAGGUUUCACAAUCUGAUUCUCCACAUUCGAAACCGGACUUACUUUCUGCACAAGAGGAUAAUAGUUCUGAAAAUAACCCCCCUGGCAGUGUGAACGGCGUCCCGAAAAUUUCAUCGGUGGAGGAAUUUAAUGCGACGUAUCCAGCCAGUAUUCCCUCCCGUUCCCAGUCGCAACUCCAAGUUCGUGGCCUUCAAGACCAGAUGCAGGAUCUUAAAAGCAAGAUCUCGACCCUCAAGGUGCAGGCACAGGAAGAUAACCUACGACGACGAAGUCUUCAAAGCCUUCGCACUCCAAGCCCGUUCACAGCAGCGGAGCAGUGGUACACAUCUGCCGGCGAAUAUGUCGGGGCGCGGGGUAAAGGUGCGGAUGCAUUCCGGAACGAGCAAAAUAACGAGAGAAACGUAGGCGGAACUGUAGACCAACCACACCAGACUCUUGUCACCGCUGAUCCGCCUCCUGCUCCAGAGGUGGUAGAAGAACAGAAACAACAGGCCACCUCGGACAGGGAUCGUCCAGACGACCAGAAAUCGGUAGUAGCCAGCCUUUACGAGGACGCAGACGAGGAGUUUGACCAUGGUGAUUCAGAUGAUAUUGACCGAGCUGCUCUCGCCGAGAUCCUAAAUGAACCUCUCGACAGCCCCGUAUCGUCUGAUGAGGGCAUAUAUGAAGACUUUCCGCCUAUGCAUACGGUUACCGAAACUACACGGCAUGAGGAUCGUGAGGACGCGUUUGACUAUGAGCAUUUCUUCUUACACAGUGCACUGGGGAAUUACUCUAGAGAAAAGGCCUACCAACGGCGUCAAAGCUAUAGCUCUACUGGAUCCGUGGAGACCACAAGACCAGGGAGCCAGGCAACAGUUUACUUGGACACAUCGCCACGAGGAAGGCAGGGUCAUGCGCGAAACAACAGCGCUGAUACAAUAUCCACGAUAGCUUCCUUUGAGACGGCGACUGAGGGUGCGGAUUAUGAUGAUUACGAUGUGGAUAGCGGCGAUGAAAUCGAAAAGGCACUGUAUGGGACCAUGAAUGGCAAUGGAACAAAGUAUUCUCAUAGCGACCUUCGAUUCCGCCAACAUUACCAAGACCCCCAACCCGCCAGCCGACACCAGACUCGCCAAACCAUUAUCUCCACCAACAUCUCCGUCUCCCCAACCCCUCUCUCGACAGCAUCCACGCCCCGCGCAUCAGGCAAAAAAGCCAGCUACAAUAACACAAAAGGCAACAACUAUCGCCGCAGCCACAGCCGCAAGCAUUCCAACGACGCUUCUACUUCACUCCACGAAGCAGUUGCACACUUGCGCUCACCAACCGUCAUGAUAUCCUCCCUAAUAUCUUCCACCGCGACUCAGUUGUAUAAGUCUGAGUCGCAAGACAAGCCACUAAUAGUCGACGCGCAGCUGAGCGCGGACGACACCAAGCUGAUGGAAGGCCUUCUUCAGAGCUUGGGGAAAGUGGCGUUACAGCUGCAGUUGUCGACUAAUAACGGUGAUAAACGGUCCAGCGCGGAUGAGAGGUCUUCCAUUCUGUUCCGGCGGAGGUUGGAUGCAGCGAGGAGAGUGUUGGAGGGACAGUUGGAUGUUUAAUUGAUCAUAUGUCAAUAGUUUGAUUCUUUUUCUUUUUUCUCUUUUUUUUUUCUCCCUUUUCAAUUUACCCCUCUCUUUUCUACUUGUUUAACUGCUUUUCCUCGUUAUUCUGGAUAUCCCCUUUUGUCUUUGUAAUCAAAUGUCUACUUUUCUCCCUUUCAGUUCCACCAUUUCAUUUUCAUCUCAUUUUCAUUUCAUUUUCAUUUUUCGUCGUGUUUUCCGUCUCCUGAGAUACCUCUUAAUAUUCCUGCUAUUUUAUAGUUAAUUUUUCCCCCGUUUUUCCCUGUGUCAAUGCUUUCCAAUAUUUCUGUUGUUCCCUACUCUCGCUGGGUUUUCUAACAUCGAAUCCCCUACUCCCCUACGUUCACUUGCUUGUUUCGUUCUCCUUCUGACAAUUCACCCUCUAAAAACCAACCCCUCAUGAAUCCCACGAUACCCACGCCCGCCUGUCCCUUAUCAACCUCUCAGAUCCUCCAAGCCUCACUAUUCCCUUCCUCUCCGGUCAUUCUUUCCCUUUUAUUUUUUAUUGUGCCUCUAUUACACCAUUCUCUCAUCCCGCCAUGUGUUGUUAUACUCGUAGAUUCGGGUGGUAGACACGUUUUGUUGACAUAUUUGUUAUAGAACAUAUAAAGCCAUAUAGACUUCUUGUUAUUUCCA